AUGGAGUAUCUAUGUACCGAUAUUUACAGUGAUAAUGUUACUAAUUUUGUCGGGGUUAAUAUUAAAUUACAAGCGUUAUAUAAAUUAUUCCUGUCCAAUGAGCAUACAAACCAAAUAUAUAGUGCUUUAGCCACAGAUGGUAUUAGGUGGCAUUUUAUACCUCCCCGUUCGCCUCAUUUUAGGGGUUUAUCGGAGGCAUCUAUUAAAUCCAUUAAAACCCAUUUAUAUCGGGUGCUGGGCACAGCCCAUUUGACUUACGACGAGCUAAAUACUAUAUUGAUAAGAAUCGAGGCUGUCCUAAACUCCCGACCUUUAACUCCUUGUUCCUCUGAUCCUGCUGAUAUGACCCCACUAACACCGGCGCAUUUUUUAAUUGGCGAGCCCAUGUGCUCGUUACCCGAACCUGAUUUGUCCAAGGUACCGGACAAUCGUUUGAAACGAUUGCAGCGCGUCACUCAGUUGACCCAAUUACACUGGCAACGGUGGAAUCAGGAAUAUUUGUCCUAA